CUCCCUCCGAGUGGUCCUCCCUCCGAUUGGUCCUCCCUCUGAGUGGUCCUCCCUCCGAGUGGUCCUCCCUCCCAGUGGUCUUCCCUGUCCCAUAAAUUUUCUUGUCUUCACCAACGAUGUGGAACCUUCAAAACCUGCAGCUCAUGUUGUGCACAGCUCUGAGCUGUGUGAGCGGCGCCGCAGGUUUGAUCCGUGUGUUUGGAUACGAGGGGAGCGAUGUGACGGUUUCCUGUCCGUACGAUCCAGGAUAUGAGAGAUACCAGAAGUACCUGUGUAAGAACAGCUGUGGCUACAGUGAUUUUCUCAUCAAGACCUCACAAGAAAAUAAAACCAAAUACUCCGUUUACGACGACAAAAGAGCAAGAGUCGUCGCAGUGACCAUCUCUGGUCUUCGUUUGGAGGACGCCGGGGAAUAUUGGUGUGGAGUGACCAGAGCAGGAAAAGACAUCUACACUGAAGUAAAGCUGGACGUAAAAGCAGACAGAUGUUGCAACACGACGAAUAAAAUCCAAAGUACUGAGGAAGGUUCAGUGACCAUCAGCUGUCCGUACGACUCUCAGUCUGUCGACAAGCUGAAGUUCUUCUGCAGAGGAAACCGGCCCUCCACAUGUCGACAGCAGGCAGUGAUCAACUCUAGCAACACACAAAAUGGACGAUUCAGACUCUCUGAUGACAGGAAGUCAAGAAUAUUCACAGUGACCAUUUCCAGUCUGACCCUGAAGGAUUCUGGGUCGUAUCUUUGUGGAGUCCAGAGAAUCUCAGGAUUUGAUGUUUUCUCUGCUGUUGAACUAGAGGUCAAAGAGUCGUGCUGUGCAAAGUCACAGAACAUGAGUGGUGUGAUGGAGCAUAGUGUGACCUUCCUGUGCCUUAUGCACCCCAGCAUCCCAAUG